AUGUCUCGCGUCGAUGUCAAAAAGGCAUCCUUGUGUACCAGUGAACCUCUUAGUCAAGAAACUGUUGGCCACGCUCUGUCUGCCUUCAGUAAAAUAGUGAAAUCCUGCUUUGGCCCUACCGGAAGGCUGAAGCAGCUUCACAACGGUGUUGGUGGCCGCGUCCGCACGACGUCGCAUUCGUCAGCCUUGCUGGGCUCCCUUUCCGUCACCCACCCCGUAUUAAAGCUCCUAACAGCCUCCGUGCAGAAUCACGUCUCUCGCUUUGGAGACGCGGGUUUGUUCACGGCUGUUCUGUGCUGUAGCCUGCUGGAGAAAUGGCAAGGCCUAAGCGUUGCUCCUUGUACCCGGGUCAAAAUUAGCCAGCACCUUUUAAGCCAGUGUCUCGACUACCUCCCUUCCGAAGCGUGCGGCUGUAAGAUUCCGGUGGAUUUUAGCUGCUCCAAGAUUCUCCUUGAUUUGGUCCGUAGCGUAUUAGCCGGCAAACGCGCUUGCAUGCUGAGCCGAAAGGAAGCCGAUCAUGUCAGUAUGUUGAUAUUGAAAGCCUUCUUGCUCACGGUUCCCCAGAAUGUUGGAACUGGUGUCGGAUUAGGGAAAUGUCUUUAUGUACCGAUAAAAGAAAAGAGGGUUAUGGAUUCCAUGGUCUGUCCGGGGCUCCUGAUUGAAACACCCGCGUUCCACCAGACACAAUUGCUUCCUGCGAGAAUAACUGCUUUGAGCCCAAUCAGAACAGCCCUUUUCUCUGCGUCUCUAUCUGGAGACGCUGGUGAUACAGGAGAAGGAUCCAUCAUCGUCCAUCACGGCGUUUCCCUCGAAGCAGCGGUGUUGGAUCAGUUGCUUAGUUUAGGCCAGCGGAUGGUCAAAGAUGGAGUGGGCCUUGUGGUUUGCCAGAAGGUCAUCCACCCGGCUUUGAAACAGUAUUUGAAGGAGAACCAAGUGGUCGCCGUAGAACGGGUCGGGGCGGCCAUGAUGGAGCCUCUGAAGGAAAUAACAGGAUCCCAGCCUAUUCCGUCUCUACAGUUUCUGUCCCCUGCUUGCUAUGGCAGUCUGAAGGGCUUGCAAAUUCAGUAUUUUGCUUCCAAGUGGUUCUUGCAUCUAAUUCCUGAGGAUCAGGCCGUGUGCAGUCUGAUGCUUUGUAACAGGAGUGAAACUUCGUGGGACGAGCUGAAGCUUGCUUGCCAGUCAGCAGAACGUGUUUUGCAGUUAACACUCAAGGAUCCCUGGGCCUUAUGCGGCGGCGGCUGCACAGAGACACACCUGUCCUCGUACCUGCGGCACAAGAAUGUUGACGUGCCACGUAGCACCUUGGAAGAUCUAGGGUGCUCUCCGGCCGAGUUCCAUCGGGUAGCUGACUCUUUCUGCCACUCGCUAGAGUCUGUCGCUCGCUCUUUAGAGCACGACAAGGGCGAGACCCUCACGGAUACUACUUGGGGCCACUGUUGGUCCGUUCCACCGGAUGUCCCCGGCGACUCCCGUUGGUCGGACUUUGCUUUGAAGUGUGGAUGUGGCCUUUGCAGCAGCCAACAAGGCCUCAGCUGGAGGGUGCUGCAUAGUCAGCCUUGCCCUUUCCCUCCUCAAAGCUGUGUUAGUGCAUCUUCCGUCACCUCCGCUGAUCAUCCCAUUCUGGAUUGUUUUGCUGCCAAAUGUAACGGUUUGCAGGUUGCAGUGGAGACAGCCUGUCUGCUUUCUGGUCUGUCUUACAUAGUUGAAGAUCAAAAUUAGCCUGGUUUGCCGAUUCCAGCAGCGUUCUGCACACGCGCGCGCACACACACACACACACACACACACGUGUUUGGAUAUCUGUAUUCCGCAUUUUUAUCUCCUCCCCCAACCGUACAUACCUCAAUGUGCACAAAUGCUUUAUGUGCAAGAUUCUUUGGAGCCCACUUUCUCUAUUUAUGAGAAAUGGAAGAAAUAUCACUAUUUCGUCACUUAUUUUAUUUUUCGAUUUCUAUCCCGCCCUGUCCCUGUAGAGCUCAGGGUGGGUUAGUGCCCAAAUUGCAACCCAAAACCCACUUAUUUAUCGCAGAGUGCCAACACGGUAAUUUAACCUGAAUACUGAGGUUUUCGUUUAGAAAAAAUGGUUGGCUCCGAGGCGUGC